AUGGCUGAUCAAGAAGUGGACCUGGACAACAUCAUUGAUAGACUGCUGGAGGUGAGGGGCAGCCGGCCUGGAAAGCAGGUUCAACUGUUGGAAGCGGAGAUUCGGUAUCUUUGCACCAAGGCUAGGGAGAUUUUCAUCUCUCAACCGAUACUGUUGGAGCUGGAAGCGCCAAUCAAGAUCUGUGGUGAUAUUCACGGCCAAUAUUACGAUCUCUUGCGUCUUUUUGAAUACGGUGGCUUCCCGCCUGAGGCCAACUACCUCUUCCUCGGAGACUACGUCGACCGUGGCAAGCAGUCACUCGAGACCAUCUGCCUCCUCCUUGCGUACAAGAUCAAAUAUCCUGAAAACUUCUUUGUUCUCCGUGGUAACCACGAAUGUGCCUCCAUCAACCGUAUCUAUGGCUUCUAUGACGAGUGCAAGCGGCGGUACAAUAUUAAGCUCUGGAAGACAUUCACUGAUUGCUUCAACUGCUUGCCCAUCGCGGCAAUUAUCGACGAGAAGAUUUUCACCAUGCAUGGUGGUCUCAGUCCCGAUUUGAACUCUAUGGAACAGAUCCGGCGCGUCAUGCGUCCUACCGAUAUCCCUGACUGCGGUCUUCUCUGCGAUCUUCUCUGGUCCGAUCCCGACAAAGAUAUCACCGGCUGGAGCGAGAACGACCGAGGUGUAUCGUUCACAUUCGGUCCCGAUGUCGUUUCUCGUUUCCUCCAGAAGCAUGAUAUGGAUCUGAUAUGCCGUGCACACCAAGUCGUCGAGGACGGUUACGAAUUUUUCUCGAAGAGACAGCUUGUAACGCUAUUCAGUGCUCCCAACUACUGUGGAGAGUUCGACAACGCCGGUGCAAUGAUGAGUGUUGAUGAAAGCCUUCUUUGUUCAUUCCAGAUUCUGAAACCAGCAGAGAAGAAACAAAAGUACGUUUACGGGGGCAUGAGCUCAGGCGCGCCCAUCACUCCUCCGCGCAAACCAAAGAAGAAGUAA